CCAGAGAUGGGCGGAGACGGUGCAGGAACAGGCUUUGUAGCCCUUUAUAUGGAAAACAUUUGAAAUCUCCAAUAUGGCGACAGCUGCAGCUGUAUCCACCUUACCGUGACAAUCUGCAAUGAGAAAGCACUUUCUUAUGCAGGAGGCUAACUGUUAACUUUGAAGGCGCAGGAUGAAAAGAUGGCUCAACGGCUUGUACCGCCAGGACCUGAAAGCUUCCGCCUGUUUUGCCGGGAAUCUCUUGAUGCCAUUGAAAAGCGCAUUGCAGAGGAGAAAGCAAAGAAACCAAAAGGGGACCGUCGUGACAAUGACGAUGAAAAUGGCCCAAAGCCAAAUAGUGACUUGGAAGCUGGGAAAUCACUGCCAUUUAUUUAUGGCGACACACCUAAAGGAAUGGUAUCAGAACCCUUGGAAGAUCUGGAUCCAUAUUACAUGAAUGAAAAAACCUUUAUAGUAUUGAACAGAGGGAAGACAAUCUUCCGAUUUAAUGCCACACCUGCCUUGUACAUCUUAAGUCCCUUUAAUCCUCUUAGAAAAGUAGCGAUUAAGAUAUUGGUACAUUCAAUGUUCAGCAUGCUUAUCAUGUUAACUAUCAUGACCAACUGUACGUUUAUGACCUUGAGCAACCCUCCUGAUUGGACAAAGAAUGUAGAGUACACAUUCACUGGAAUUUACACAUUUGAAUCACUUCUAAAAAUUCUUGCAAGGGGCUUCUGUAUAGGUAAAUUUACAUUCCUUCGAGACCCAUGGAACUGGCUGGAUUUCACUGUAAUCCUCAUGGCAUAUUUGACAGAGUUUGUGGACCUGGGCAAUGUCUCAGCAUUGAGAACAUUCCGAGUUCUCCGAGCAUUGAAAACAAUAUCAGUCAUACCAGGCCUGAAGACAAUAGUGGGCGCCCUGAUCCAAUCGGUGAAGAAGCUCUCGGAUGUAAUGAUUUUGACUGUGUUUUGUCUAAGCGUUUUUGCACUAAUAGGGCUUCAACUAUUUAUGGGCAAUUUAAGACAAAAAUGUAUAAAGUGGCCACCUGGCGAAUCAGGUUCCAAUUUAACUUUCUCCUUGAUCAGCACAAUGGAUGUAAAUGGAACAGUGUUAAACUUAACUGAGAACUCAUUCAACUGGACGACAUACAUCAAUGACAAAACAAAUUAUUACUUCAAGAAAGGACAUAGGGAUGCUUUGCUGUGUGGCAACGGCAGUGACACGGGGCAAUGCCCUGAAGGAUUUGCAUGUAUAAAAGGGGGCAGAAACCCAGAUUAUGGAUACACAAGUUUUGACACAUUUGGUUGGGCUUUCCUAUCAUUGUUUCGAUUAAUGACUCAAGACUUCUGGGAAAAUCUGUAUCAGCAGACCCUACGAGCAGCUGGGAAAACAUACAUGUUAUUCUUUGUGCUGGUCAUUUUUCUGGGAUCCUUCUACCUUGUGAACUUGAUUCUGGCUGUAGUUGCCAUGGCCUACGAUGAACAAAACCAAGCAACACUGGAAGAAGCAGAACAGAAGGAGGCAGAAUUCCAGGCAAUGCUUGAGCAACUGAAGAAACAGCAAGAAGAUGCACAGGCAGCCGCUGAAGCAGCAGCAGCAGCAGCUGCAGCUGCCAAUGGGUAUGGGGAGUACAGUGGAGGCUGCGGAGUCACUGAGAGCUCCUCUGAGGCAUCGAAGCUCAGCUCCAAGAGUGCAAAGGAACGGAGAAACAGACGCAAAAAGAGAAAACAGAAAUAUGAGGACAAGGGAAAAGGGGACACUGAUACAUUUCACAAAUCAGAAUCUGAAGACAGCAUAAAAAGAAAAGGCUUUGGCUUUUCUAUUGAUGGAAACAGGCUUAGCUAUGAAAAGAGAUAUUCCUCCCCAGACCAGUCUCUGCUGAGUAUUCGGGGCUCCCUGUUUUCUCCUCGACGCUACAGCAAAGCAAGCCUUUUCAGCUUCAGAGCGCGUAGGGAUGUGGGCUCCGAGAAUGAUUUUGCAGACGACGAACACAGCACCUUUGAAGAUAGUGAAAGCAGAAGGGGUUCACUCUUUGUGCCGCAUAUGCAGGAGAGACGCAACAGUAACAUCAGCCAGACCAGUAGAUCAUCCAGAGUAAUGCUUCCCAUCAAUAGAAAGAUGCACUGCAACGUGGAUUGCAAUGGAGUAGUUUCGCUAGUGGGUGGACCAUCGGGGCCAACCUCACCGGUUGGACGCCUUCUGCCAGAGGCCACCACCACAACUGAAACUGAGACCAAGAAGAAAAGAUCUGGGUCUCAUCAGAUGUCAAUGGACUUUUUAGAUGAGCCUACUGCAAGGCAAAGAGCUUUAAGUGUGGCAAGCAUUUUAACAAACACCAUGGAUGAACUCGAAGAAUCACGACAAAAAUGCCCACCAUGUUGGUAUAAAUUUGCUAACACUUACCUCAUAUGGGACUGCAGCCCAAACUGGCUUAGAAUCAAGACUCUAGUGAAUUUAAUUGUGAUGGAUCCUUUUGUAGACCUUGCAAUCACUAUCUGCAUUGUUUUGAACACAUUAUUCAUGGCCAUGGAGCAUUAUCCAAUGACCCAGGAGUUUAAUAAUGUGCUGUAUGUGGGAAAUCUGGUGUUUACUGGAAUCUUCACUGCAGAAAUGAUUUUCAAAAUUUGUGCUAUGGACCCCUACUAUUAUUUUCAAGAAGGCUGGAACAUUUUUGAUGGCAUUAUUGUGAGCCUUAGCUUAAUGGAGCUUGGUCUGGAAAAUGUUGAGGGGCUGUCUGUCCUGAGGUCAUUCAGAUUGCUGAGAGUGUUUAAAUUAGCCAAGUCCUGGCCAACGUUGAACAUGCUCAUCAAGAUCAUUGGCAAUUCUGUGGGAGCUCUUGGAAACUUGACUUUGGUGCUUGCCAUCAUUGUUUUCAUUUUUGCUGUGGUGGGAAUGCAGCUGUUCGGAAAGAACUACAGAGACUGCGUUUGCAAAAUUGAUGAGAAUUGCGAGUUACCACGCUGGCACAUGUUUGAUUUCUUUCAUUCCUUCUUGAUUGUGUUCCGAGUACUGUGUGGAGAGUGGAUUGAGACCAUGUGGGACUGCAUGGAGGUAGCUAGUCAGAGCAUGUGCCUCAUUGUAUUCAUGAUGGUUAUGGUGAUUGGGAACCUUGUGGUAUUGAAUUUGUUCCUGGCUUUGCUUCUGAGCUCAUUUAGUGCAGACAAUCUUGCUGCUACAGACGAUGAUAGCGAAAUGAACAAUCUACAGAUUGCUGUAGGAAGGAUUCAGAGAGGCAUUGACUUCACGAAGAAAACCCUCAGAGAAUUCUUUCAAAACACGUGCAUAAGAAACAAGAAGGUUCUUAAUGAAAUCAAACCCCUUGGAGAGCUGCACAACAUGAAAGACAGCUGCAUUUCCAAUCACACAACAGUCGAGUUAAUCAAGGAGCCAGAUUUCCAUAAGGACGACAAUGGAUUACGCAGGAGUGUGGAAAUGUACGUGAAUGAUGAAAGUGAUUACAUGUCCUUCAUCCAUAAUCCCAGCUUCACGGUGACAGUGCCAAUUGCAGUGGGAGAGUCCGACUUUGACAACCUCAACACAGAGGAAUUCAGCAGUGAAUCGGACAUUGAAUGCAGCAAAGAGCAACUAAAUCAGUUCAGCUCCUCCGAGGGAAGUACUGUCGACAUCCAACCACUUGGAGAAGGAGAACCGAUAGAAGUGGAACCUGAGGAAUCCCUCGAGCCUGAAGCCUGUUUCACUGAAGGAUGUGUACGGAAGUUCCAGUGUUGUCAGGUGAACAUAGAGAAAGGCAAAUGGAAAUUGUGGUGGAACCUGAGAAAAACGUGUUUCAGGAUUGUCGAACACAACUGGUUUGAAACGUUCAUCAUCUUUAUGAUCCUUCUCAGCAGUGGUGCGUUGGCUUUUGAAGAUAUUUACAUUGAGCAGAAGAAGACCAUCAAGAUCGUGCUAGAAUAUGCUGAUAAAGUCUUUACCUACAUCUUCAUUUUGGAAAUGCUUCUGAAGUGGGUGGCUUAUGGGUUUGCGAAGUAUUUUACCAAUGCCUGGUGCUGGCUGGACUUCCUGAUUGUUGAUGUGUCUUUAAUCAGCUUAACAGCCAAUGCCUUGGGCUACUCGGAACUAGGUGCCAUUAAGUCUCUUAGGACACUGCGAGCAUUGAGACCUUUAAGGGCCCUGUCACGGUUUGAAGGGAUGAGGGUGGUCGUCAAUGCUCUCCUUGGAGCAAUUCCAUCCAUCAUGAAUGUGCUCCUGGUCUGUCUUAUAUUCUGGCUCAUUUUUAGUAUAAUGGGUGUGAAUUUGUUUGCUGGGAAGUACUAUCACUGUGUUAACACCACGGAUGGCGAGCGCUUCCCGAUUAGUGUUGUUAACAACAAGAGCGAAUGCCUGAUGCUGAACCAGAGUGCCCGCUGGAAGAAUGUGAAAAUCAACUUUGACAAUGUGGGGGCCGGUUACUUGGCUCUACUGCAAGUGGCCACAUUCAAAGGAUGGAUGGACAUUAUGUAUGCAGCUGUGGAUUCACGUGAUUUGCAGUUCCAACCUGAUUACGAAGUUAAUCUCUAUAUGUACCUGUACUUCGUUAUAUUUAUAAUCUUUGGAUCCUUCUUCACAUUAAACCUUUUCAUUGGUGUCAUCAUUGACAACUUCAAUCAACAGAAGAAAAAGUUUGGGGGUCAGGAUAUCUUCAUGACAGAGGAACAGAAAAAAUACUACAAUGCAAUGAAGAAGCUUGGAUCAAAGAAACCACAAAAGCCAAUUCCUAGACCAAUGAACAAGUUCCAAGGAUUUGUGUUUGAUUUUGUUACCAAACAAGUCUUCGAUAUUACCAUUAUGAUUCUCAUCUGCCUUAACAUGAUUACCAUGAUGGUGGAAACAGAUGACCAGACUGAACAAAUGCAGUUGAAUCUUUACAGGGUUAAUUUAGUCUUCAUUAUACUUUUCACUGGUGAAUGUGUUCUGAAGAUGGUUUCACUCCGACACUAUUACUUUACCAUCGGAUGGAACAUUUUCGACUUUGUGGUGGUGAUUCUCUCCAUAGUUGGCAUGUUUCUUGCGGAGAUAAUUGAAAAAUACUUUGUUUCGCCAACCUUGUUCAGAGUUAUUCGACUUGCCAGAAUUGGCCGCAUCCUUCGACUUAUUAAGGGUGCCAAAGGAAUCCGCACACUUCUCUUUGCCUUGAUGAUGUCACUUCCUGCCUUGUUCAACAUUGGUCUACUGCUCUUUUUAGUUAUGUUUAUCUAUGCCAUUUUUGGCAUGUCAAAUUUUGCCUAUGUGAAAAAGGAAUCUGGUAUUGAUGACAUGUUCAACUUUGAAACCUUUGGCAACAGUAUGAUCUGCUUGUUUCAAAUUACAACAUCUGCUGGUUGGGAUGGUUUGCUGGCUCCCAUUCUUAACAGAGGGCAACCAGACUGUGACAACGAGAUAGAUCAUCCAGGCAGUUCUAUAAAAGGAAACUGUGGAAACCCGUCUGUGGGCAUUCUCUUCUUUGUCAGCUACGUUAUUAUAUCUUUUCUAAUUGUGAUAAACAUGUACAUUGCCAUUAUUCUGGAAAACUUUAGUGUCGCUACUGAGGAGAGUGCAGAACCACUAAGUGAGGAUGAUUUUGAAAUGUUCUAUGAAGUCUGGGAGAAGUUUGACCCUGAUGCGACUCAGUUUAUGGAAUAUGCUAAACUCUCCAAUUUUGCUGAUGCUUUGGACCCUCCGCUUCGUGUAGCAAAGCCAAAUAAAAUCCAGCUCAUUGCCAUGGACCUGCCCAUGGUUAGUGGGGAGCGAAUUCAUUGCCUUGACAUAUUGUUUGCUUUCACAAAACGUGUGUUGGGGGAGGGCGGAGAAAUGGAUGCUCUCCGCGGGCAAAUGGAAGAACGCUUCAUGGCAUCAAAUCCAUCCAAGGUCUCUUAUGAACCAAUAACUACAACUCUACGUCGCAAGCAGGAACACAUGUCUGCCAUUGUCAUUCAGAGAGCCUUCAGAUGCUACCUAAUCAGGCGAAAAGUUAAAAAAGCCUCUUAUUUGUUAAAAGAAAACAUCAAAGCAGGUGAAAACCUACUUGACAAAGAAGAAAUGGUGAUCGAUAAAUUUAAUGACAACUCAACCACAGACAAAACGGAUGUAACGCCUUCCACGGCUUCCCCACCUUCCUAUGACAGUGUGACCAAACCAGACAAAUAUGAGAGAGACAAAGGAGAGAAGGAUGACAGGGGCAAAGAGUUCAGGGAGUAUAAAAAGUAAAAAGGAAACCAAAUGCUUAUAAUUCCAGUUAUAUGACAAAAUUGUUUACAGUCUGUGAAGGUGACCUGUAAGUGUCAACAGGACUCCUUGUUUGUGUGGAGAUCUAUGCCAAACUGACAGUGCUAACUAAUCUUUCAAAGUGCUUGCUAAUCUUUCAAACCCUCAUCAGGACACUAUGACUCUAACUGGCAAAGAGGAGUCCACAAUCUGGAUGAGGGGGUUGCUGUUUUUGCUAACAGCUGACACUACUAAAGAGGAGAGUCAGCAAGUGUAGUUUAAAUCUAAAACACUUUAGUAUGACUACUAUUAACACCCAGUGUCUUGCAAUCCAACUGCCAUAUUUUUAUGUUUUAAAAUGUUUUUUUACACAAUCUUUGUGGUUGAUUUCAUUGCUUUUAAUUUAUAGGUUGUUUAUUAUACAAUAUGUGAGUAUUUUUGUGAAUGGUCUUUAUGUUAACAGGAGGGGGCUUAUGUACUGCUUUAGUGGUAAAAGGACCACAAACAAACAAACAAACAAACAAAACCAACAAAGGUCUUGCAUGGACGCAUGCUGCUCCCAUAAACCAUGCACGAAGUCACCAAAAAAAAGUAUAUUUUUACCCACUUCAGUGUUUCAGUGGCUCACAACUUUUUGAGGUGUGUAUUUACCUCAUUUUGGUAAAUUCAGUUGGUAGAUGUACCUUUAAAAAAAAAAAAAAAAAGCUGAGAGGAAAUGAGUUAUGAAGGAAAAGAAUAAGACAUGAGUCUUAUUAAGCCACCUCUAGCUAUCAGUAAGGUUCACAUUUUAUAUGGCCAUGAAAUCCCACUGUGUGUAGAUAGUUAUUUUACUCCAUGGUGAAUAUUUGAGCAAACAAGAUUCUUGGCACAGUGGUUGCUGCAUUAAAUAUGUGCCUCUUUGUCUAGAUUGCAAGCUUUUGACAAGGUCAUGCUGUAUUCUAUAUCAUACUCAGUUUGGAAGCUGUCACUGAUGCAUGUUAAUAUUGCCUAUUCCAUCCCCUGCCGAGGUUUCAUCAAUUUUGGGAAGCCAUAUGUCAGUGGUGAAGUGAAACAACUUGUUCAACAAGACCUCAUUCCUCCAUAUCAUCAAACAACAGUUUGCUGCGUUUCUGUUCUUUUUUUAAAAGAAGAAAUAUUUCUGUUUAGAUUUUUUAUGUUUAAAAUGGAUAUUGUCUUCUGUAUAGCCAUAUUGUACAGAACACUCUGCAAACUGCUUAAACUGGUCAAAAUAAGUGGUUAGAUUUUACUAGAUGUGAAUAUAAAUAUUGUAAGAUAUUAAUUUUAUUUUUAUUUUUAGCAUUUUUGUACAUAAAAUAUGCUGUUAAAAUGGGCUUCAGGUCAACACCAUGGCCAUGUGUGUUACUUUAGAUCCAUAGCACUUUUUCAUUCAAGAACUUCCCUGAAUAAAUGAAAAUGGUAAUUUAAUUAUUUUUUAAUUCUUGCACAUAUUUUUUAUAUGUAGUUUUGUUUUGUGUAAACUGGAAUCACAAUCCCCUUGUUUCUGCAUAGUGACAUCUUGAAACAGGGACACGAGAUACAUAGCCUACUGUAUUAAUCUACAGUGUGGCCUGUCAACAGAGCUACUCUGGUCAUAGUCUUUGAAUCUCUUGUUUACAUGUACUUUUAAAAUUGAAAUGUAUUUAUGAAUUUAUUUUUUAUCACACACAUAUUCAUUCAGCACUAAGAACUACUGUAAAUGGAAUAUGGGUCCACAGUUACUUUUGGUUCACAAGAACACAAGGUAACUUUUGUGUUUCCGUACACAAGCCGGCAUUCAAUAGACUCUGUCUUUUACUAAGCUUAUCAGCGUGUAGUGUAUUAGUGAACUGCAUGUGGGACAAUGCUAUUACUCAUGGUAAAAUACAUUAUAAAAAGCCAAAAGAAUAAACACUACUUCUUUUUUCCCCCUCAGGUGUGUCUGUUAGCAAUGUGUUAAUCAAUAGGCAUUCACCAGAGUGAACAUAGAACAUGAACACAGAUGAUAUGUUUAAUGUAGCAUCUCUUUUUCUGUAUUGGUCCAAGUAAGGUAUGUUUGCUUAAUAAUGUCUAAUGGGUUAUAUUUAAUAAAAUCGUUAAACCAUAAAAAGCAAUUACGUGUAUUGAAAUCUAUGAGAGUCAGAAAUGUAUAUGUAUGCUAUAGCCACAUUAUUUUGAUCAACAAUUAUGUUUAGUUUUACACAGUGGAUAGGUUGCUGCUCCAGUGAAAAGUUUGCACCACUUAAAUGUAAAAAAAUAAAUAAAGAAAGAAAGAAAAGAAGAACCUAAAAUAUUAGCAUUCUUAGUAACAUUAUUUAUAGAAAAGCAAUACAAUCCUUGCACUGGAACAACAUCUUAGUAAAUCAGGCCUGAAGUUAAUUUUGCACAGGAUUAAAUGAAAGCAUUCUAUUUUAACAAUUUUUGCCAAACAUUCUACCAAACAUUUUUUUUGUGUGUUGUGUGCAUGUAUUAUUUAUAUUACAAUUAGCUUGUGGUAAAAUAUCCUUCAUAAUUCCGACAGAAGAUUAAAUAACACAAUGGAUGGGAUGUUUACAAAGAAUGUACCAGCCUGGUUAUAACAUUUUUACACAAACAAACAGAAACAAAACAACAGCCGUUGGUUUUUAGCAUUAGAACUACUUAUCAUUCCUCCUGAAAUACUCUUCAUUCUAACUCUCUCAUAACAUAAUUCUAGCACUGCUUCAUAAACACAAGGAUUGGAUCAUUUUGUUGUCAGUAAUUUCAAUGAGGUAAAAUGUUCAAGUUACAAUCAGACCUCUAAAACAGGAGGCAGUGUGGUUAAAGUCCAGGGCUUGUAACCAGAAGUUCACCAGUUCAAAUCCCACCUCUGCCACUGACUGACUCACUGUGUGACCCUGAGCAAGUCACUUAACCUCCUUGUGCUCCAUCCUGUGGAUGAGAUGUUAAAUCAAUGCCCUGUUGUAAAUGACUCUGUAUAUGAUGCACAGUUCACAGCCCUCCUCUGUAAACCACUUUGUGAUGGUGGUCAACUAUGAAAGACACUAUAUAAAAAAGCGUACCCCAAAACCACGUACCCCAAAUGUGCUGCAUCAACAGCAGAAUGGAAGUAUCAUUCUAUUCAGAAAUGACAAAACUGGUUACCAACCAUAGAUGCAGAGAAAAAACCCUAAACAGUAACAUACUAUAUAUGAUAUAUAAGACCUUAUUUUUACAUUUGCUGCUAUAGGCAAUUUGAGAAAAUUGUGUACUAUGUUUCUUGGGCCAGUUUGGCAAUUUUGUAUUCUUAUCUAUUCACACUAUGGCUGGGACCAAAUCAAAACUUUGACAACCCGCUAAUCACACAGUAUUUAAUAGCAUUUUCUUUUUUUGUAAGUAUCUUAUUUCUUCUACUCAUAAAAAGAAAACGCUAUUAAAUACAGUUUUGUUAAGUGCGAUUAGCGGGUUGUCAAAGUUUUGAUUUGGUCCAAGACUAUGUCUGUCUAUGACUAUGCCUGUCUAUCUUUCUACCUCCCUAUCUCUCUUUAUAUUUAUCUAUCUGCCAGUCUAUAUGUCUUACUAUCUCUUUCUGUAUUGUUAUGGUGGACUAUAUACAUGAUAUUGUGCAGCAUGUAAACAUGAAAUGUGUUUCUGCUAUUUAAUUUUGCUUUAAAUAUGUGUUAUUGAUAGGUCGUCAUUUCCUUUAAUAAAUGUAAAAUACAAAAAUGUAAAGCAGGGUUUAAGACAUUCUUGAAAGCAACGUUCAUGUUUAUUUAGAUGUAUGAUGUCAUGUUAAUACUAGACUGUCAGUCUGUGUACAAUGCAGUGUGUCAGGAUUAUAAAUAUAUCACAUUCUGAAGCACUCAAUCUUUGAGCUUGGUUCCUAGGUAAUUGGGCCAUAAAUAGUGAAAAGGUUAUGAUAUUGGUCCCCAUGCUAAAAUAUUCCUCACUUGUAAUAUGUACUGUUCUUGAACUAUUAUAAAAAAUAUUUUAUA